UUCGUCGAGGGAACGCGCGCGCGAUCGACUUAAGAAAAUUAUUGUUCCGGGAGAGAUAAUUAUCAUUUAAUUAGCGUCAUGGACGUGGACGAAUCAUUCCGGGGGAUCAUCGCGAACGUCCGCGAAGAAGCGAAUUUGUCGCGUUCCGAAUAAACGACAUAAAACAACAUAAAUUUGUACCGAUAUGUUUUAUGGGUCGCGGCGGCCAUGUUUUCUCGUCCGAAUUUCGCGAGGUUCCUCGCGUCGUUGCGUCGGAAGAAAUGGCAGCUUCGUCGGAGAAGCUUCCACCAGGAGUUGACGCCUCGUUUUCGGAGCAGCGAUCUAACCUCUGCGAGCAUCGCGAUCUCCCGGAAGAAUCCAUCACGCGUUCAGAUCCGCGAGCCGCAAAUCUACGGAUUCGCCGACGACGAGGAGGAGUUGCGGAGGAAGGGCAGCUUCCUGGAGCACGCGCGCGAGACGGUUUUGAUUUUGGCGAGAAUCGUCGUCGUAAGCUCGGUCGUCACCACCCUUAUCGUCGCGUACCUGAUAACGCGUCUGACGCAUGUCAAUCUUUUCCCCAUUGCUCUGAGAACAGGUAUGGAGUUUCUCGGACCGAUUUUUAUCAAGUUCGGGCAGUGGAUGUCGACGCGGAAAGACGUCAUCCCGGGGGAUAUCUGCGACACUCUGUCGAGGCUGCAACGAGAUGUGACGCCGCACUCUUGGCUGUACACGGAACGCCUUCUCGAAGCCACGUACGGCUCUUCCUGGCGGGACUUGUUUGCGAGAUUCGACGACGAUGGAUUGAUCGGCUCGGGAUGCUGCGCGCAGGGAUUCGACUGGAGGAUGCUGCUGUCCGGAGCCUGGUUCGAGAUCAUCGCCGCCGCGCUGCUCGCGAUCCUGGUGCUGGCCACUGGGUACUGGCCGCCCUGGUGGUCCGUCUGGACCAGAAACCACAACGCAAACGUCGAUGUGGGUGACAAUGGCAGGAAACUCAAGACCGCGCGCGACGUCCCGGGUCCUUUCGCUCUGCCGUUUCUUGGCACCAGGUGGAUUUACUCCCGUUUCGGCCACUACAGCCUGAACAAAAUCCACGAGGCGUAUAAAGAUCUGAAUCGGCGAUACGGGUCGUUGUGCAAAGAGGAGGCGCUGUGGAAUUGCUUCGUGGUGUCUGUGUUUGCCCGUCGCGACAUCGAGGCUAUCCUCAGGCGAGGCUCGCGAUACCCGCUUCGUCCUCCGCAGGAGGUCAUAUCCCACUACCGGCGUUCCCGGACCGAUCGUUACACCAACCUUGGUCUGGUCAAUGAGCAAGGAGCGACGUGGCAAAAGCUUCGCGCCGCCUUGACUCCGGAACUCACCGGAGCUGGCACCGUAUUCGGUUUCUUCCCGGCACUCAACAUAGUCACCGAUGGAUUCAUCGACUUGAUCCGUAAACGAAGAGCGGACUUUACCGUGAAAGGCUUCGAGGAACUCGCUUACAGAAUGGGACUCGAGAGUACGUGCACGCUGAUCUUGGGACGUCACCUAGGCUUCUUAAAGCCAGAUUCCAGCAGUACGCUGACAAGGAGAUUAGCUGAAGCGGUCAGGAUUCACUUCACGGCCUCGCGCGACGCCUUUUACGGCCUGCCGCUUUGGAAGCUGCUGCCGACAUCCGCGUAUAAGCAGCUGAUAGAGAGCGAGGACACUAUAUACAAUAUUAUCUCGGAGCUUGUGGAAGCGACUGUGUUGGAGAAACAAAACGACGCCAGAGACGAUUCCGUCGAGGCUGUAUUCCUGUCUAUUUUACGGCAGAAAGAUCUCGAUAUGAGAGAUAAGAAGGCCGCCAUAGUCGAUUUCAUAGCGGCAGGGAUACACACACUAGGCAACACGCUGGUGUUUCUUUUCAAUUUGAUCGGCCGUAAUCCUGAAGUGCAGGAAACUCUAUACAAGGAGGCGCAGUCCCUGGCGCCUCCCGGUUGCGAUCUCACGGUGGACGAUCUCCGAAAGGCCAAGUAUUUACGCGCCUGCAUCAUGGAAUCCUUCAGAGUUGUGCCGACGACACCCUGCAUAGCUCGCAUCCUGGACGAGCCUAUAGAACUGGGAGGGUAUCGCCUCGAUCCCGGAACAGUGGUGUUGCUGCACACGUGGAUAGCAGGAUUGAGCGACGACAAUUUCAAAGACGCGUCCAAGUGCCUGCCGGAGAGAUGGUUGAAACCUAUGGCCCCUCACUCGCCUCUACUGGUGGCUCCCUUCGGCGCCGGUAGAAGGAUAUGUCCAGGAAAACGUUUCGUGGAUCUCGCGCUGCAGCUCAUUUUGGCAAAGAUCGUUCGUGAAUUCGAGAUCGUCGUCGAGGAAGAGCUCGAUUUGCAGUUUGAAUUUAUCCUGGCGCCGCAAAGUCCCGUAUCCCUCGGAUUCCGGGAUCGUAUGUCGAGGGCCGAGAUGACCUGAACAUAUCUUAUUCGCGUUUUCGUCGGCGAACGUUUGCCGAACAAUGAAUGUUAAAUUGAAUGAACGAAUGGGUAGGUUCGAAUUAUUAUUGCGCCGUCGAGCGGGGCUUCGCACGUGCUUCGCUCAC